UAGCAUUAUAGCAGCACUACGAUCGAGUCAAAGGAAGCCUGAGUGAUGAUGAAGAGCCUGGGCGGCGGCAGUGGACGGAGGACCGUGCUGAUCACCGGAGUGAGCAAAGGCCUCGGCAAGGCCCUCGCCCUCGAGCUCGCCAAGCGCGGCCACUCCAUCAUCGGCUGUUCCCGCUCCCAGGACAAGCUGGACUCUCUCCGCUCCCUCCUCUCUUCCUCCGACGCUGCUGACUCCCCUCACCUCCUCUUUAGCGUCGACGUCAGAUCGAACAGCAGCGUCGAGGAGCUCGCGCGCGUCGUCAUGGAAAAAAAGGGCGUUCCGGACAUCAUAGUCAACAACGCCGGGACCAUCAACAAGAACAACAGGAUGUGGAAGGUCCCGGCGGAUGAGUUCGAUGCCGUCAUCGACACCAAUGUCAAAGGCAUCGCCAAAAUGCUGCGUCACUUUCUCCCUCCCAUGAUUGAGCGCAAGCGUGGCAUCAUCGUCAACUUGUCUUCAGGCUGGGGUAGGUCCACUGCCGCUCUGGUUGCCCCUUAUUGUGCAUCGAAAUGGGCGGUCGAGGGUUUGACCAAAUCGGUUGCGGAGGAGUUGCCUGAUGGGAUGGCAGUCGUGGCGCUCAAUCCCGGGGUGAUAAACACCGAUCUGCUGGCUUCCUGCUUUGGCGACUCCGCCUCCUAUUAUCAGGCACCUGAUGCGUGGGCUGUGAAGGCCGCUACUAUGAUCCUCAAUCUCACAGUGGCAGACAAUGGUGCAUCCCUUACUGUGUGAGGGAAUGAUUUGCAAUCGACAACUUCGGAGAGCUAACUUAGGAUUCAAGCAUUGUUUCGAGAAAAAAUGUGACAGUUUUUUCUUUUCUUUUCGCCGACAGUAUGAAAAAUCUGAUU